GGGUCUAAGAACUGCUCUUCUGAGAAGGAUUCGAGUUGUUUGGACGGAAAAAAUGAAGAGGAGCAGGAUGAGAAGCAGAGGGGGUCACCGUGUUCUAAUAAUGGUGGCCUGAAGGCGGCUAAGAAAUUGAGUGCUGCUAAGUACAGGGCAAUUUUACUUAAAAACCAAGGAAGGGUGGAGGAGGAUGAGAAAUCAGAUAAGAAAAUGAAGAAGCAGAUAGAAUUGAUAUAGAAUUGGUAAGGCUAGUAUUCUUAGUUAUGAGCCGUCAUUGCACUUCUAUACCCGCGAGUGUCCCGUGUCCCCCACGGAAGGGGCGCGUCUUGGAAAUGGUUUAGCUCAAGGGGUCAAAGGCGGAGUAGGAGGAUAUGGUAGUAGGUCCAAGGAAAUUGAGCACAAUGGUGGUCAGUGCAGUGAAAGUAAGCUUAAGGGUGUUGAGAGGUCUAAAAAGGGAGAGAUUAAAGCAGAGGAUACAGUUCCUGUGGAACCAGAAGAGGCUGGGGGAAGCUUAAUGUCAAGUUUUUUGGAGGGGUCAGUGAAGGUUGCUGCAAGGAUGUACAACCGAAGGAUGCGGUGUUGAUGGUGGAGACGGGAAGCAGAGAUAAUGUUUGUGUCAUCUGCAAGCUUGGUGGAGGUGCUGGAAAACUCUUGGGUUGCAAAAAGAACAAUCAUCUCAAAUGUGUUGAUGCGCCCCUGAAGGGCGUGCCCCCUAGUGAUUGGUAUUGUUUCAGUUGUGUUAAGAAGCGUUUUUUGCCUGGAGCAGUAGAAUCCAAUUUGGAUACCAUAAAAGUGGAAUUGGCAGAUUCUCAAGUUGUGGAUACAGCUAAAAAUAUUUUAUGCAGUAAGAAGGAUUCUAAUGGGGGUGCUGAGAAACUGAAGAGGAAGCCUGUACGUGUUGCUGCGUCAGAUUCCAAAUUUGUCGAAUACUGGGUUCCUGCCAAGCUUUCCAAUGUACAGCUUGAACAAUAUUGUGACAUCCUCCUUUCUAAUUCGAUUUUACUUCGUUCAUGCUCGAAAGCUGAAACUUUGGAGGCUCUUUGUGAUGUUCUUAUUUCUAUCAGGAAGUGUUGCGACCAUCCGUAUUUUGUGAAUCCUUCUUUACAGAAAACACUCAUGAAUGGUCUGUUAGACGCCGAGUUUCUGAAUGUUGGAAUAAAAGCAAGUGGCAAGCUACAAGUACUUGAUACCAUCCUUUCAGAGACCAAAAAGCAGGGCUUAAGAGUACUAAUCAUUUUUCAGUCAGCUGCUGGCUCCAGUGGAAUCUCUUUGGGGGACGUCCUGGAUGAUGUGUGUCAGAGAUGCGGUGAAGAUUCCUACGAACGUGUUGAUUGUGGAUUGAGCAUGCCAGAUUCGCAAUUUUCGAAAAUCAAGCAAGCUGCCCUGAACAGAUUCAAUGACAAGGAUAAAGGGAGAAUUGUGUUUUUACUGGAUCGCCGUGCUUGCCACUCGAGCAUUAAGCUAUCAUCAGUUGAUAUCGUGAUUCUAUAUGACAGCGAUUUGAACCCAUACAAUGAUUUGAAACUUCUGCAGAAGAUCACUAUUGACUCACAGCAUGAGCAGUUAAAACUGUUCCGUCUAUAUUCAGUAUGUACUUUGGAAGAAAUGGGUCUAGUUAAUGCAAAGCAAGAUGUGACUGUUGAUGCACAGAAUUUAAACCGUUCCACAAUUCAUCAAAUGCCUAGAUGGGGUGCUUCUUAUUUGUUCAAAGAAUUGAGUGAGUUCCAUGGCUCCUGCCCAUCCUCUGGUCCAGUCUUUUCUUCUGAGCAUUUGGUGAAAGAAUUAUUCAGCCUGCUGCCUCAGGAUGCUGGAAGCCGUAGUACUAACCAUAACUCAAUUGUUGUGAGAGUUGAUAAAACUGGAGGGACAUAUUCCAGAGAUAUUUCUUUACCUGGUGAGCUGGAGAUGCACUCAGCUGACAAAGAUCUGUCUCAUGAUUUCUGGACAAAGUUACUGAAUAGGAAGACCCCGAGGUGGAGAUAUUUGGAUGCAUACUCCCAAUUUUCUGCGCAAUCAAUAGUUUUUCAGCCGGAGGUGCACCUUCUUUUUUCGCUGGAAACCAUCCAUCAAACAUUCAACAAACUAUUUAAAUCCUCAAAUCACAACGAUGCAACCAGCAGUAGUAACUAUUUCACCUGCGAAAUCUGUACAGAGCCAAUUCCACUGAACGAGAAAUUCAAAAACAUGGAGGCAAGUGGAUGUUUCCAUCCAUAUUGUACAGAUUGUGUUGCCAAGUAUAUCGAAAUAAAAGUGGUACACAACAACCUGUCCGAUAUAAAGUGCCCUAACACCAACUGUUUCUUUCUCUUGGAUGCAUUAUCGUGUCGUUCGGUCCUCCCUAGAAAAGUAUUUGAGAAGUGGUGUCGUCUUCUUUGAGACUGCGGUACUCUUAGAUGCAUCCAAAGGUGGGUUUGUGCAUGGAAGAUGUUUUUGCCCAAACCGUAAGUGUUCUGAAUUGAUUCUGUAUGAGUGUGUGGAAACCAAGUCUAUGGUGAAACGAUCAGACUGUCCAAACUGCAGAGAAGUGUUUUGUUUUAGUUGUAUGGUCCCAUGGAAAGAAAAUCAUCUAUGCCAUCGUCAAACAGGCGCGGUAGCAAUUGAUAUUGAUAUUGACAGAAACGAUGUUUUGUUCAUGGAGAUGAUUAAACGGAAGAAAUGGGUUCGAUGCCCAAAUUGCAACAUUUGCAUUAAAAUGGCUGAUGGUUGCAGCCACAUGUACUGCAGAUGUGGAACCGAAUUCUGUUACUGUUGCCGAGAAUGGCCUUGUGUAUGCGAAGAAGGACAACCUUUAACCUGGUGCCAAUGUUUAAUAUGUCCGUUGGUUUUCGCAGUUUUUAUAGGCAUCAUCUUGUUAAUCGCUUUCCUAGUUCACUAGUAUAUAUUCGGAUAUUGCGUAUAUAUACCUUACAACUCCUUUGUGAAAGUGAUCAGUUCCUGUUUUGAAUGCUAGCAAAUGGCCAUCUUAGUAGAGACUUGUUUUCAAACUUGUAUGCAUGAUGAUAGUGUCAUAUUGGCAGCAGUUUAAGCCAGUAUCUGCAGCUAUUUCACCAGCAAUAAUGCGACCGACAAUGUUUACGAUCAUUUUAGUAGCAUU